AUGACCACUCAACCCCGCUUCUCCCCCACCGACAUCACCGUCGUCUUCAUCCUCGGCGGCCCCGGCAGCGGCAAAGGCACACAAUCCAGCAACCUUGUCCGCGACUACGGCUUCACCCACCUGAGCGCCGGCGACCUCCUGCGCGCCGAACAAGUCCGCGAAGGCAGCCAAUACGGCGACCUCAUCAAGACCUACAUCCGCGAAGGCAAGAUCGUACCCAUGGAAAUCACCGUCGCAUUGCUGUCCAACGCUAUGGCGGACGCCUUGGCCUCCGGCAAGAAACAGCAAGAGGGUGGCCCCAAGCCCCGCUUCCUCAUUGAUGGGUUCCCGCGCAAACUCGACCAGGCCGUGUUCUUCGAGGAUACUGUGUGCCCGUCGGAGAUGACGCUGUUCUUGGAUUGUCCCGAGGAGGUGAUGGAGACACGGUUGUUGAAGCGGGGCGAGACGUCCGGUAGAGAUGAUGAUAAUGCUGAGAGUAUCCGGAAGAGGUUCCGUACGUUUGUGGAGACUAGUAUGCCUGUUGUCAAGGCAUUUGAGGAGCAGAAUAAGGUUGUUUCGGUGACGGCGACGGGGUCGGUCGAAGAGGUGUAUGAGCGCAUUCGCGAGGGAUUCAAGAGUAAGGGCAUUAAUCCUUUGUAA